GUUUCCGGUAAUCGAGGUGUUAGAGAUUUUCUACAUGUCUUAAACAACUGGAGAGAAUUCUUCAAAACUAACUCAUUGAUGAGCUGAUCAAUGAUCCAACUCUCUAAAGGGCAUCGUCGAGCAAAACAAAAAGUAAUUAAAUUCUCUUCGACCCUAAUAAAAAUAGCGAGGUUGUAGGUUGAAGCUCAUCAUUGUGUUGUUUGGUACGAGAUUCUAUCGAAUGCGCUGACUCUGUUUGUGCAUUUCAAGGUAGGUCAUACAUUCCUAGCUUUUAAAAACUUUCUCUUUCUUAAUUGUGUCACAAAUGGAAAGCUAUUCCUUCUUCGGGGGAUUUCAAAGCAAAUUUCGUAGAUAUCCGCUAAAGACGAUAUCUAUACCUAGUCAGGCGACAUCCUAAACCUUGCAACUUAGCAGAGUUUUGAUUUGUCACUGCUUCUUCUUCCGACGAAUGUUUCAGUUUAUUGUGAUUGUUUUGAACGAAAAACUAUCAACAUCAAACUCACAUUAAACAUUACAGCUAUCUUUCAAAGCAGGCAUCGGUAAUGUUUGGCAAAAAAGGAACAGCCAAAGAAAACAUUUGGUUUCGUUUGGUAUGCAAACUGUUAUGUCUUUGAUGCAAACAUAUCUAUAGCGUAAACCGUGUAUGUUUUGGUUUCUUUGGUUUGGCCAAUAGAAUUAUAAAAGAACAGGUAAUUAUCCUAAUUAAAAACUGUGCAUUUCCAGUAGAGAACAGCAGCUGUCUAUUCCAAAUCAGAAACUAUGGAGAGAGAAUUUGCUCCUAUGAGCACGGGUCUUUUAAUUAAGGGAACAAAAACUCAUUUACCCAAACCUCUGGUGUACAGAAGCUGAAAUCAUCGAUAUGUUCCGAAAAAAAAAUUUAAAAAAUUGAAAAAACCUUUUGAAGGAAGGCAGCUUGCAAACCAUAACACUUGAGUGUGUGUAGCUCGGCUGUUUCUGAGGUUCUCAUGGAGGUGAUGACUCUUCUAGCAAACGCCUCAAGAAUUAGUCCAUUUUGCAGCUAACGAUUAAUUCAAAAGAAAUUUGUUUACGGUUAACCCUUCUCACGACUAACGAUUAAAAUUUGUCAAUUUUUACGCCAGAAGGAUUUUUUGUCGUGUUACGACUAGCGGUUAACCCCAUUAAGGCCUCCUUUCUGUUCUAUAUUUUUUUCUUCAAAUGAUCAACACUAGUUUCCUCCAAGAUAAAAACGAUAAAUACUAUUCAGUUCUCUUAGCUUCAGAAAUUAUUUUCAGUAGAUUACGUUUUUCGGGGGGAGAGAGGGGGAAGACUGGAGAGAAUAAAAAGUUUUGUUGUGACGUCCUCAUGUUGACAGAGAGCAUCGUGACUUCAAGCCAAAAAUUAAAUCAAUUUUGAUGACGUCACUAACCUUUACAUUAUGAAGAAAUCUACGAUUAUAAAAUAAACACCUUUGUAGAGAUCAUUUCCCAACAAUCCUUUGAAAAGUCUUUUUUAAUUUAGAGUGAUUUUCUUUCUUUUCAGUUAUUAAUUUUAUUUUUGUUUUGUUUUUUUUAAAUAAGAUUCAUCGAUACUCAUCUCAUAUUUAUUAUUAUGAUAUAAUAGGAAGCCAACAUGCCUUUUACUCCAGCACCUCAAAAGAAAUGCCAGAGAUGUGCAAAGUCCGUUUACCAAGCCGAAGAGAAAAAAGACUCAAACGGCAAACCGUGGCACAAGAGCUGCUUCACGUGUACGGAUUGCAAAAAAGGCUUGGACAGUACUACUCUGACCAUGCACGACGGUAAGUAAAACGUGAUAACACCAAAGAUUUAAUCCUUUCGUUCCCCCAACUGUGUUAGGACGCCGACCAGUUAAAAUGGAUAUGAUACACCGAGAGAAUAUCUCUUGACACCAGGCUGCUGAUGGAUGACACUUAGUCAUAGCUGUAGCUUAAGACAAACCUUGGAUUUGUCUUAGGGCACUGGUAAUUUUUGUAGUUGUUGUUGCUUUUGGUCUCACUCCGUUUUCCUUUGUCAUCUUACUUGUCGUUAUUUUUUCAGACGAUAUCUACUGCAAGAGCUGUUAUGGUAAAAAUUAUGGCCCCAAGGGAUACGGAUUUGGAGGCGGGGCUGGGGCGUUAACAAGGACACAAUGAAAUGGAUUUUCUGAUUGGCUAGUGUUUAUAUCGUUGGCACAGGCUGUUAAUUGACCAAUUGAUUUAUCUGUGAUUGUUACGUUGAUAGAAAUUUUCUCUCUUCUUCAUUUUUGUAUUAAUGACUGAUAAAAUGACUGGAGUUAAAAAAAUUGGUUUCUUUAGUAGAGACAGGAGGUAAUGGGCUCCUGUUAGAGAGGACAUUUUUUUUUACUUGUUCUCGCCUAUUAUGAUUUAUAGUCACGAUUAAAAUUCGAUAUUUAGACCCAACUGUAUCUUUUGUUAGGAAUAUCGAGAGAUCUCUGAUAAAUAAAUUUUUUUUUUUAACCAUUUUGGUCCAAUCUGAGGACAGCCAUCUCACUGCUGGUCUUGAGGGUCACGCGAGGGUGAUGCGCUUUGCGCGCUACUCAAGGUACGUAAUGAAGGCCCUGUUGACUAAACGACACUCACUCGUGAAACUUUUUGGAAAUUUAGAACAGGUAAUAAAAAAGGGUUUCCCUGUCCAUAAUUUAGAAUGCUAUUGAAGUAGUCUGCUUUUCACCCUUACCCGGUGGGGAAUAAUUGUACUGUUUACUUUUGUAUCCCCUGUGGCUUUGGACUGUAAAUUACGCUUAGAAUGCGGAGGCUUGGCUUCCGAAAGUCGCUCCUUAAUUGGCCACCUAGUGUAGUACAAGCGACCAUAUUUCUUGACUUGUUAGUGAAAGCUGUCUACUGUUGACACCAGAAAUUAUGUCUGGUAAGUGAAAUUAAUUUUUUCUUCUGAAAUUUAACUCAAGAGCGAAGCUUAUGUUAGAUAACUAUGUACAUUUUGCGAUUAGGUGCAACUAACCGUCGCCCGUCCUUCCAUUUUUUCACUUUAAUCUCUUCUUGACGAAUUCGAUGUGCGAUUUCUCUUCGAAGGGGCGAAAUCAAAUUUCAGAUUCAUGCACAAAGCAAUCUAGUCUAAGCAAAGGGACAAUUGUUUUGGCACACGAUUGUUAAUCUUUCUAGGUCAUCAUAAAUAACACACAACUGAGUUGCAAUUAGAAACUGAUGUCUCACGCUGACAGCUCUUUUUCCUUUCUCCGAUAAGCCGAAGAAAACUCAUAUUUCUGUAAAUUUAAUACCAGAGAAUCGCCAAGAGCUAUCAACAGCAAGUGGAAAACACUUUAGUGGUAACUGUAACAAAACCACUGUAGUUUGGAGCGAUUCCGUGACCAAAUUGCGAGUAGACGAAUGUGAAGUCGAAGAAGCUAAAAAACUGUUUAAGUCAUGGUUUAUUUAUGGACAUAAACCGAUGCGUAGUUGUACAGCUCCGUAAUUGUUGUUUAUUUGUAUAUCCCAGGCAGCCAUUUUCUUCUAAAAGAAUUCUUGAUCACCCACCAGAACAUGUAAAAUUAUGGAUGCAUGCCCUAUAGUUAUACUUGUCUGAACUCUUUUGUUUCGCGUGGCUUCACAGAACAGUCUAGAAUCCCUCAUUGCAUUCUUUAAAUGCCUUCUCUCUACAAUGAAGUAGCAGUGUCUUGUUUGUCCUGCUGUUUCAUCAGUCAGCAUUUUCUAUGAUAUCUGAGGACUCUUACUUUUCUUUAUUCCAAGCUUUUGAUGAGACAAAGAAACAAAAAAUAUUUUUAAGCUAUUAGGCAAAUUUUUUGGCACCAGAAAGUAUGGUGAUGUAUUUUGUAGACUCAGAAUGAUGGUAAAUUUUUUUUUUAACUACCUUGUUUAAGUCAGAUUCUUUUGUAAUUCAAACUUGCCAGAUGUGAAACAAACAUCUCUAAUUUAAUAGGCAUUGGGUUGCUUAUUGUCAUCCAGAACUCAUCAUUUUGUUUACUCAAUCAGUUGUUUUCAAAACAUUCCACUUGUAAGACAACUUCUAUAGCUGUAAGAGCUUAUCCUGGCUUUCUGCGGCAUGAAGUGAACAAGAGUAUUGCAUUUCUGCCUUGAAAAAUUUUUUUUAAUAAUUGAGGUUGUAUUGCAGCCUUUUAAGGUAAAGUCAACACUUGAACUAAGGAAUUUGGGUUUGUCAACUGAGUUGAUGAUGUAAAUUGGUCAUGGUAAGGAGUUUCAAAGCUGACAUAUUGAGUGUUAGCCCUAAAUAAGAGCUAUGGCAAGGGGCUUGCAUUUGAAGCAUCAGCUUUGAAACUACACCAAAUUAUUUUGUUACACUCACCCACCAAUGCAGCACAACAGUUUCCUUGGUAACUUACCUCUAUUAUUCUUUGGAACCAGUUGGCCUACCCUGUGUGACAUUUCCUUGUUUCCCCACCAUGAAGAGACAAGGAGUAUUUCUAUGACCCCAGGAUGGGGUGUUAGUGUAGUGCAGUUUACCCACUCCCUUGCCACUUCCCCAGCUUUGCACUAUGAUUCUAUGACAGCUUGCCGUUACCUCUUUAGACUCCUGGGGAGAGAGAGGCACUGAGAAAAUGAAGUUUCUUGUCAAAAAAUGGAAGAUAUGACUUAGCCAGGUUUUGAACUCAGACCCCUCGAUCUGCAGACCAGCACAGUAAAUGUUGACCCUUUUUACACCCUAACAUCAGUGUGCAUGUUCUCCACACUGUUCUCUAUAUGUUUUCUAAGGCACUGACAAGGAGGAUUUGUUUGCCAAUCAAAGGGUUCCUUCCCUGAUGACCAUUUCCUUUAUUCUCAUGUCCUGAAUGUAUGAUUCAGGAGUGAUAUUGUAGGGAGAAAUUAGAUCCUAGUCUCUCUUAGGGUUUAAAGGGUUAAACCGCUGUGUCUCACAUUUUACUCUCACAUUGCAAGCACAUUGUGCUUGUUAUGGAGAUGUUAUAUUUAAGAUAUUUUGCAAUUAAACACAAACUCAACAAUUUCAUUUAUUUUAUCAUGUACAUAUAGGACGGUGUCCUCGUUGUAAUGACCGUGUCUAUGCAGCGGAGCAAGUUAUAGCUGGAAAAAACAAGUAUCACAAACGAUGCUUCACUUGUAACAACAAGCCCACUUGCAACAAGUCCUUAGACAGUGGCUCAUUCAAUGAGCAUGAUGGUAUGUUGUUAUUCAUACUGUUUGUUUGAUCUGUUAAUUUUUUAAAAAUGCUAUUCAGCACUGAGGGUUUUUUUUUUUGCCUUUAUUUCACUAUUUAAAACUGAACAUCCACUAAAUUUACUGUAGUGGUCAUGGCUCAGCACCAUGCAGUAAUGAUAUGCAUGUAGUUGUCUUCCAUUAAUGAGAUGCCUGGUUUUUGUCUUCCAAUACCAGGCCUCACGGAAAAGGAUAAAUUCAAACAAAGUUCCUAUUUGUUUUCCAGAUCAAGUGUACUGUAGAGGCUGCUAUGGCAAACUAUUCGGACCCAAAGGAUAUGGCUAUGGGGCUGGGGCUGGUGCACUCCACUUGACUGGAAAGUAAACCCCUAAUUUUGGUCACAUUCAGUGACAUGUAACUAAGUUACUUUGCACAAUGUAUUUUUAUGUGGAUAAAUGAUCAAACACUUGUCAACUAUAUUUUGAUACAAGCAUUGUAGACCCUUUCAUAGGGGGUUAAUUAUUAAUGCCUUUUUACUGUAAAACAUAAGUUUAAGAAUGUGAUGUUGCCAAGGGAAAAGUGAUCUACUAUGGUUUUAUUAUAGAUUUAUAAGACUAGUUUUGUAAAAAAAUAAAAUGAACAAAACAGAGUUAUUUGCUGUAUUAUGUAAUUCUCUGUGUAGUUCUACUGAUGAGGGGGUCAAAGGGAUAUCAAGUGCCUUGAUUGUUUGUAAAAUCACUUAAAUUUGGGGAAGUAGUUACAGCCAAACCUGUUUUGAGUAGUCAGUUGUGCAAGUCUCAAAAACACUGAUUUUCACUUUUAUUAACUGUUUAAACCCCCAGAGUGACUAGCAUCUAAUUUCUCCUCACAAUAUUACCCCUGAAUCAACAUGAAAGUGAUGAGAAUAGAGAAGAUGAUCACCAACUAGAGCAGCUCUUGAUCGUGAAACAAACUCUCCUUUUCAGUCUUUUUGGAAAUGUAUGGAGAACAGUAUGGAGAAUUUGCAUACUGAUGUUAGAGUGUAAAGGGUUAAGAGGUCACCUCUCUAAAGCAUUUGUGUCCAUCCUUUACUAAGUCCCAGUACUGAAUGGUCACUUAAUGCAGAAUCACUCAAAUAAAACUAAGAAAAGCUUUCAAGUGUAUUUAAUCCAUGUUUAUCUCCCAAAAGUAUUGCUAAUAUAGUAUUUUUGAGCAUGAUUUUGUACAUUUUGUCAUCAAUUAUGGCUUAAAAUGGGGUUUUUAGUUGUCUUUUAUACUGAGGAACCUGUAUGAAGUAAUGAACAUGUAUUGAGCAGUCACCCUGCCUUUUCCUGUGGGUUACCACAUAAUAAAGUUUCAACUGGAAGAUGGUGAAGUAAAUCCUGUGUUCUGGAUAGCUAUUCAAGAGCAACAAAUGAGCUUAACUUGUGCUUUGCGCUGCAUGGAU